AUGACUAAGGUUUUUGUUACAGGUUCAUCUUCGUUUAUUGGACAACACAUACUUAACGAGCUACUCCAAAAUGGCUAUGAAGUGAGGGCAGGUGUAAGAAGUCAAGAACAAAUUACUAGCUUUGAAAAGUUUUUCAAGUAUGAUAGAAAGUAUGAUAACGUGGAAUUUGUUUUAAUUAGAGAGUUGGAUAACAGUUCUGUCCUAAUCCCCUAUUUACAGGACGUAGAACUCAUAGUACAUGUUGCAUCACCUACUCCGCAUCCUGGCAUAGAGAAUGUUACUAGAGACAUAUUAGAGCCUGCAAUUAAAAUUACAAAUAGUGUCUUAUUCGCAGCCAAGAAGAUCCCUACGAUAAGGAGGGUGAUUAUUACUUCGUCACUUUCUAAUGUUAUUAGAACAGAAGAUAAUAGUACAGUGGUAAACGAGGACAGGUGGUCUGACGCUGAAUCAACUCAUGAUUAUUCAGGGUGCAAUCCGUAUGAAGCUUAUAUUGCGUCUAAAGCUAUUGUCGAAAAAAAGGCAUGGGAAUUUGUUGAAACGGAAAAGCCAUCGUUUGACAUUAUAACCCUUCUAAUAGCAUAUGUUCUUGGUGAUGUGUUGGUAAAAAAAGACAAUAAGCCCUCGGGUACAAAUGCAUUACUAUGGGGAAUCUUGAAGAAUGGUGCACAAGGUGGUAUGAUGGAACAAACUGUUCAUGUUCGUGAUGUUGCAGAUGCUCAUGUAAGGGCCUUGAAUGCGUCUGUUAAAGGGAAUCAGAGGUUUAUUAUUGCUAAUGAUCCAAUGAAGUUUAACAAUGCAUUUGAGUUUGUAAACAAAGAAUUCCCAAAUGAGACUUGGAAUUUUGGAAGUACUGUUUCUACUAAUGUCACAUAUGAUAACAGAAGGGCUAAAGACGUACUUGGGAUUAAACUUAGAUCUUUCAAGAGUACUAUUUUAGACACCGUCCGUCAAUAUGUUUAA